GAGCCUGGGGUGUCUCAUGCGUUCAUUCACUGUUGGGAGCAGCUCCCUCCCGAACUGCACGGCUACAUCUAUGAACUUCUGUCAAGCUCCGACUACAAAGCUACUCUUCAAAGCUCUCUCUAAUCUUGAAAGCGUGGUGUCUAAAACUUCGUCCCCGUCUAUUCGCCGCCCUUGGUCUGAAGAACGAGGAGGACUGUCGUAUACUCUAUGGCAUACUGGGCUCUUCGUUAUCAGCUUGGCCUGCAGAGCAUAUCACUAUGCUAGAGCUCAGCGAGACUUGCUUUCCCAGCCCCCCUCUCUGGAUGACACUCGUGCAGCUCUUACCAGUAUCUCGCACAAUUCAUCAGUCAUACCAACCCGGUCUCUUUAAACCUCAUGGACGCGUCUCGCAUAACGUGGCCUUGAAGAGCUCGUUGAAGUGCAUCAAAUCUCUAUCCCUGCUCCGCUGUGACUUCCCGUCGCUCCGAAUGCUGUUUCGCAUAUUGGAGAUAUUACCUGCUUGCAGGUCGUCCAUCUCGGCGAGGUUACAUGGUCAGGUGAACCCCUCACGACAGCUGACACUGCGCAUAAUAUUUGUACCGGUACCUUCAGUCAUGUCCGCAAAAUUUCACUGCGUAGUUGCACAGACAACACGUCGAUGCCUGCUUGGAUCCUGGCCGCCGCGAGUACACGACAUUCGUUCACUUGACGUCGAACUACGGAGCCGACAGUCUCUGCGGAAAUAUGGGCCAUUGUGGAGCUUAUCCGGACGUUCUUAGAUCGAAAACUCAUGUUUCAAUGUCACGGAAGCGACUCUA